UCACUGCUGCUGCAGGAAAUUUUCUGUCCCGCAUUUCACCUCAUUACAUCUCUCCAUUUACCCCUCAGAGACGUUCUGUGCCAUAAAACAGGCGACUAAUGCAGCUUUUAUGGUCUGAAAUAUGAGGGAAUCAGCUGUGCCUCCCAGCCAAUUCAUAAACACACACACACACACACACACUCAGACACACUCGGCCACUAACAGCAAAUGUGUAAAAUAUUUGAUAUGGAAACCAUUUUCGCCCAGCAAACAAAUUCCCCAAUAAAAACAAAAGUGUAAAGCGCAUUCAAGCUCAGCGCUUCAGUGACUGUAAUAUUUUUUUCCUGAAGUCAUGACAAGAAAUAGUCCAGUGCAUAACCCCCCAUAAAAGCACAACUUGUCAGUUUUUCAAUUUUUUUUUGUAGAGAUUAAACAAAUGAGUGGUAACAUGUUAAUUAGUGAGUUUUAGAGGUUUUUGUUACCUCUGGACAGAGCCAGACUAGCUGUUUCCCCCUGUUUCCAGUCCCUAUGCUAAGCUAAGCUAACUGACUGCCGGCUGUAGCUUCGUAUUUAAUGUACAGAUAUAGAGAGUGGUAUCGAUCUUCUCAUCUAAUUCUCGGCAAGAAAGCCAAAAGGACGUAUUUCACAAAAUGUUGAAUUAUUCAUGAAGAGUCUGUAAACCACAUAAAGACCAUAAAAACAUCAGUGUUGUUACAAUAUGGGAUGAAUCCUCAAUAUGUCCUAAUAUUGACGGGGUGGUACAAGUAAAUCAUGUUAAACACCAUCAAUAUAUUUUGAGAAUGACCGAGCAAAACUUGCCUGUGAAAUGGCUAAAUUAUGUCUAUUAGAUUUAUUUAUUUAUUUAAAAAGGAUCCCCAUUAGCUUAUACCAAUGGCACCAGCUAGUCUUCCUGGGGUCCGAAAGAUGGAAGUGCAUGGUACAAAAUUUGUCUUUUAUGAAGUGAAACCGGUGAAAAAUUUCCAUUUCAGCCGGGAGACGGUGGAAAUAAAAAAUUUUAAAUUAGAUUUCAGUCGGUGUUUUGUCAUCCAUGUGUGAUUCAGGCUCAAUUCUAUAUCCAACAGCAACAUUUUCCCCUCCGUCAAAAUAAAAACUGGUGACGUCAGUCAUCAUACACAGUUUGUUCGCUGCCACCUUCAGUACAUUCUCCACUCCUCUCUGUCUUUUAUGUCACUCCCCACACUCCAGCUUUCCCUCUCCUUUUUGUAUAAACUCUUUCGUAUUCAGCACUCUUACUCACUCCCAAUCUGUAUUUGGAGAAACGUCUGUUUGGUGAUGAGAAAGAGGGGAAAGCACAUAAUAACUUAAUGUCUAUUUGAGUUUCUAUCAUCAUGUUGCCUUAGUUACAGCUGCUAUAUAGAUUGGUGUCCAUACGAGCCUGGUUACUGUUUAACCUCCCCACCCACAUUUGCCCAGAUUAGGAAAAUCAAUAAGAUAACAGCAGCAACACCGGCCUUACCUUGCAUCAACAACACCCUUUUCACACUACAGCAACCUGCACCAAACUUCCACAUUUUACACCUUAUGGUAAGGGAGGAAAAAGUGGAUUUUAAACACGUUUGAGAGGAAGCAGAGGACGAAAUGGUCAAUGUAAACACACAAGUCAGUUCAAGUAUGGAACUUCCAUUUGACUCCUCGCCGGCUGAGAGCACCAACAUGAACGCCACCGGCCACCUGGGGGCAGGCAGCCUGUGUGCCAUAUGUGGAGACAGAGCCACCGGCAAACACUACGGGGCGUCCAGCUGUGACGGCUGCAAGGGCUUCUUCAGACGAAGCGUCCGCAAAAACCACAUGUACUCGUGCAGGUUCAACAGACAAUGCAUCGUGGACAAAGACAAGCGAAAUCAAUGCAGAUACUGCAGACUGAAGAAAUGCUUCAGAGCCGGCAUGAAGAAAGAAGCUGUGCAGAAUGAAAGAGACAGAAUCAGCACCAGGAGAUCCAGCUAUGAAGACAGCAGUUUACCGUCCAUCAAUGCACUCAUCCAGGCAGACGUACUGUCAAGACAGAUCACCUCCCCUGCUCCUAUUCUGAACGGUGACAUACGGACCAAGAAGAUCGCUGCCAUCACAGACGUGUGUGAGUCCAUGAAACAGCAGCUGUUGGUCCUGGUGGAGUGGGCCAAGUACAUCCCAGCUUUCUGUGACCUGCCCUUGGAUGACCAGGUGGCGUUGCUGCGAGCUCACGCUGGAGAACACCUCUUGCUCGGCGCUGCAAAGAGGUCCAUGCUUUACAAAGACAUCCUCUUAUUAGGAAAUGACCACAUCAUUUCCAGAAACUGCCCGGAGUUGGAGGUGGGCCGGGUGGCGGUGAGAAUCCUGGAUGAGCUGGUGCUUCCCUUCCAGGAGCUCCAGAUAGACGACAAUGAAUACGCCUGCUUGAAAGCCAUAGUUUUCUUUGACCCAGAUGCUAAAGGUCUGAGUGACCCUGGAAAGAUCAAGCGGAUGCGAUACCAAGUCCAGGUCAGCCUAGAGGACUACAUCAACGACAGGCAGUACGACUCCCGGGGCCGCUUCGGGGAGCUGCUGCUGCUGCUGCCGACGCUACAGAGCAUCACCUGGCAGAUGAUCGAGCAGAUCCAGUUUGUCAAACUCUUUGGCAUGGCCAAGAUCGACAACCUGCUGCAAGAAAUGCUUCUCGGAGGUUCUGCCAAUGAGGCUCCACACGCUCCUCAUUCUCUGCACCCUCACCUGGUUCAGGAGCACCUCAGCAGCAAUGUUAUAGUGACCAGCAACAUCCCAACGGCGAUCCAUAACGGUCAAAUCUCCACUCCUGAAACUCCGAUCCCGUCUCCGCCUACUGCCUCCAGCUCAGAACACUAUAAACUGGCUCAGGGGGUCAUAGCCACCGUGCCCAAGCAGCCCACCUCCAUCCCUCAGCCUACUAUUACAAAGCAAGAGGCCAUCUAACAAUCCUCUGAACCCUGAUUCCUUCAGCUUUUUUACGGUGUUAAACCAGGGUCUUUAUAUGUUAAGUUUAUACAUAAUGAGCAUUGAAGCUGUCAACUUGACUGAAAUAAUAAAUAUAUAGAAUAUAAUUGCAAAGAUGUCCCUUGCAGAUUGCUGUUUUUCUUCAGGGAUCUAUUUGUUGCAGCUUUGGUUGAGCUCCACAGCUCAGCGAAAGCUAGACAAAAACUAUAAGCAUCAAAACUGUCCUCUCAUUCUGUACUUCUGUAAGAUCGAGGCGUAGGAAGACGUACAUUGUUGUAUAUAUGUAGUUUAUUAUUGGGUAACAUCACUUCCUUUAGCAUGACCUCAGUGUGUGCAGUAAGGCUCAUGUUAGACAUGGUGGCGUGAUCAUGUCAGUAUUUUAUGAAUGUUACAACAGGCCUUGCAUUGUCGCGUAUUUCUAUUUAGUGUUGCACAGUAUUUUAUUUUAUGUUCAUUAGUGAUAAAAUUGUGUCAACUUUCAGUCAGGAACUUUAUCAAAGCUAAAGGAAAUCACUUGAACAAGUCCAGCUUUUAAACAUUCUGUGACAAGACUAUAUAUGGUUUGUUUUAUGUACUGGAAAAUACAUAUUUACAAAAGUCAAAUUGAUUCUUGGUACAAAUAGUGAACUCUGUGGUGCCACUUUAUAAAAGUCACAGGCAGACACACCGAGGAAGUUUCCCAAUAAUAUGUUGUAUUGGUUUUUAAAAACAAUAUAUAUUAUAUUUUUUGUUUAGUACUUUGUCAUGGUUUAACUGAUGGAAUAAAUUGUGCCUUGUAACCUGUACUGCCUUACAAAAACAGGCAAUGUUUCGCCUUACAAUGUGAAGAUGAAUUAAUAAAUCUCAAGAUCUAUUUUUA